ACAUUUGUUGCUUUGUAUUGUAUCUGUACACAUGCAUUCCUGUCUCAAGUUGUGUUUACCACUUAAUCACAUGAAUCUAACCAAGGCAAACUUGGUGAUAUUGGUGUGAUUUAAUGUGUUCUUACUGGUGUAAGGGUAUUACAUUCUACAUUCUACAAAUUCUACAUUUUCAUUAUAAUACAAGCUUUGAAAAAGAAAGUACAAAAUGGUGACAGACAGUGGUUGUUGACAGCCUUGCCUUAUAUACCGUACUAACUUUAUUGCUCUCAAUACAACUGAACACUGUGCGUUUUCCACUAGAGGCCAGCAUAGGAACAAAUCCCUCAGUAUCCUAUAAUUUGGCAGGACUGAUCAGACAUUAAGUUGUUGGUGUUAUAGUAUUUUUUGUUUUUACUUGUUACCGUAUGUCCAUGACAUUCAUCAUUUCUUUUCACACUCUUAAAUAUAAAAAAUAUGUAGUUACAGCUAAAGUUGCUCCUGAGUUGUAAUAGCUGUUUGGACUUUUAAUUUCUCUGGGCCAAAUGGUUUGCUGUUACUCUGACAACAUCAACUGUGUUCACAACUACUAUCAGGAAACUUGGCACCGAGAACCUGCACAGUAACAACAUGGAGCCAAGAGAGGAGGAGCAAGAAAUGGAGAAGGAGGAGAAGGACAUUUACAUUCCCAGGUCACCUCCCAGGAAUGCUCAUGGCACAGAUGCAGUCUCGGGGAACCCCACAUUAGCUGCUGAUGAGAGACCAGCCCCGCCCAGCAGCCUGGCUCUGACGGGGCCCCGACCCAGGAAGAAGCGCCUGGUGGCCCCCGCCCUAAGUCUGACGCUGGAUCACAGUGACUCGGUGGUGUCCGACGACUAUGCCACAGCUGCCCUCUCUCCUUCCCCUGAUGACGAUGACUUGGGGCUGGACAUUGACUUGGAUGCCAUGGAAACGCCUUCGGACAGCGAGUCCCUCCACUUUCCAGUGCAGGACAUGGAUUUGGAGGAUGACCUGCUUCGUCUGGGAGUGGCAUCACGUUUCCAUAAGGCCCGUGGGUCAGUACCAGAGCAGAUGGGUGUGGGUUCUCUUGAUCAAGACCAGGUAGAUAGCCAGGGCACUAGGUGGCGCCGGUUCCGCACGGGAGACCCGCUUCAGGAGAGUCUGGUCAACAUGAGUGUAUUGGAGCCUUACCUUCGAGUCUUGUCACAUGGGGGUUACUAUGGAGAUGGGUCUAAUGACAUCAUUGUGUUCUCGUCCUGCUAUCUCCCUGAAAACACCAUGGAGAACUACCAGCAUGUCAUGGACAACCUGUUCAGGUACGUUGUGGGAACGUUGGACCUGAUGGUGGCGGAGAACUACGUCAUUGUGUACCUGUGUGCCAUGGCCCAGCGCAACAAGCUCCCCACCAUUGGCUGGCUCAGAGAGUGUUACACUACCAUUGACAGAAGGUUGAGGAAGAAUCUGAAAGGUCUAUACAUCGUCCACCCGACCUGGUACAUCAAGGCCCUGAUCACCAUCAUCAAGCCCUUCAUCAGCUCCAAAUUCAGUCGCAAGCUUCAGUUUAUCGACAGCCUUUGGGAGCUGUCCCAGCACAUCCCUGUUGAGCUUGUGCAGAUCCCCGACUGCGUCAGACAGUUUGACGAGAAUAUGAACAGCUGACACGCUCAAAAUGUUGAUCUGGACCACAGUGUAAGGUACAUGAAGCCAAAACAGUGGACUACAAAGGCUCAAAUCUGGCAACCAAUGACUUGACACUGAGGAUGAACCUGGCUGCCCAAUCUAACAUAAGUUGUCCUAUGAGACAACUUUAACCAAAGUAUCUGUUGAAGGACCACAAGUAGAUACAGUGAGCUCCAAAAGUAUUGGGACUGUAACCACGUUUCCAUCCACAGUUUUUAUGCGAUUAAAGUCAUACCAUAUUUUUAAAAAUGACAGUUGAUGGAAACAGGAAGUUUCGGUACAAUUUUAUAAAUGCCGACAGAUAAUUUGUUCGUUCGACCUGGUGGGAUAUU